AAAAACACGAAAUUUUUAGGCUUUGCUCAUCAGUUUGUCCUCCAUUUUGAAGUCGAAAUCUGAACCGAUGCAGCUAAAAUCCUCACAACAUGAAGUUCUCAGUCGUUGAAAGCGAUGGUAGAUUGCAUGAGUUUGUAUUUACGAAAGAGAAGCUCGGACAAGAGGUUUUAGAUCGGGUUUGUGGUGAAUUAGGGAUAAAAGAAAAGAAUUACUUCGGAUUAAAACACACCGUAAACGAUACUAGCGUUUGGUUGAACCUGAGAAAUCCGGUUUUAACUCAACUCCGUCCACACUUACCAGGAAAACCCCACCGGCUUCGUCUAGAAGUAAAAUUUUUCGUGGAUCCUCGUGAACUACAGCAAGAAGAAACACGGCGACAUUUUUACCUUUGCCUAAAGACCCAAAUAGCAGAAGGAAAAUUCAACCUCACUCGAGAAAAAGCGGUAAAGCUAUGUGCUUUAAUGGCACAAGCAGAAUAUGGCGACUAUGAAAGUCAAAAAAGACAUAACCCAGAGUUUCUGUCGCCUUGGCCCCGGCACCAAAUGGAAGAAGAAGUAGCCAAAGUUCAUGCAAGUUUGAAGGGAACAGACUCUAAAACAGCCCGAGAUAACUUCUUAAACGAAAUGGCCAAGGAAGAUUUAUUUGAUGCAGAAACAUUUAAAGCUAAAGCCGGAGGAGAAAAAGUUUUGGUAGCAGUUGGCAGCUCAGGUCUGAAAGUCUACGAACGCAAACCUUAUUGCAGACUCAAGCAAAAAAUUUCAUUUGAAGACAUCACUAAAAUGAAUUUGUCUGAGGAACGCCUUAUUCUGGUAACGAAGAAACCACUUGCAGAAAGCCGCUACAACUUUAUCCACUUCUUUUUACCAAACAGCGAAGGAGCUAAAGCAAUGCAUAAAGCUGUUCUGGAACACCAACUAUUCUUCUUUUCUCCUAAAGUUCGCAAAUCUGUAGUUAACCACUACCUACUUUCCAUGCCGUGCUGGGCUUUACCGGCGAAAUGGUUGACCAAGAUUCCGUCCAAGGAACUUUAUCAUUUAGAUGUGAAACUGACAAGACGGCAGUCAUAUGAUCAACAUUAUGGAACAAUUAUUCAGGACUUUGAUAAUAAGCAUACAAUGCACGAGUGGCUACCGAAAUGUGCAAAAUGCAAAGUCAAGGAGUCUAACACCAUAUUCUGUCCAUGUGGACAUGUUUUAUUUUGUUCGGAUUGUGCUGCUGAUGAAGUAUUCUGUCAGGUCUGCAAUGAACCUGUCACGGCAUGCCAGAAGGUAUUCUUUGCUAUGGACACAAAUGACAAUGAUUGGACCUGCCAAAUCUGCAUGGAUGAUGUUGUCAACACUGUUUUCUGCCCUUGUGGACAUGUUUACUGUUGUGAAGAAUGUGCCUCUAGCCUUACUUACUGUCCUCUUUGCAAAACAUUUGCAACUUAUGUCCAGAGAGUCCAUGUGGAAUUUCCACAAACAGAAAUGUGAAUAUCAUGCUUGACCUGCCUCUAGGCCAUUAUAUACUAGACAUAUUAUAUACUAGGCCAUUUAAUUAUUGUGCAUUAAUGGACUACAUGUACUUCGUCGAUGCAGCAGCCAUGUUGAUUCACAAGGUGUCAUGGGUUAUCCAGAGGGCCACCAAAACAAAAAUGCUGAAUUAACAACCCCUUGAUAUUGGAGAAAUAUUCUCAGCUGUGGAACUGUCCAUUUUUUUUAGAUUCACCUCUUGUCAAAUUGCAUGAAACAUAAGGAACUGUUCAUUAAUUA